AUGCACAAAAAAGCUGAUGAAUGGCUGCGAGUGCUACGGCUGGUGAAUGCAAGUUCAACGGCUGCAGACGACAAGCUGCGUAUCGAAGCACUCACAAACGUUGCCGACUAUCAUCGAGAUCGACAACGAUGGAAAGAGGCCGCUGACCAUUACGAGCUGGCCGGAGAGCUCGACCAACUCAUGGUGUGCUACAUUCAUUUAGACGACUUCUAUGGUUUGGAAAACUUAGCCAAACAAUUACCAGACGGCCAUCCACUGCUAUCGUGUUUCCUCAGAUGCAAUCAGACUGCCGAUGCCCUCGACACGUGUAUACAGUUGAACAAUUGGGAUAAGGCUGUUUCCUUAUCUCGUACUCACAAUCUGCAAGAUGUAAAUGUGCUCAUGGGGAAGUAUGUGAAGGAGUUGAGUGAAAGCAGUGAACGAUCUCUCGCUGCUGUGCAGCUUUACCGUAGAGCUGGACGGUUUCUGGACGGAGCUCGGGUCGUCUACAGGCUGGCUGAGGAAGAACGUAAGAAAGCUGCUACUUGUCUUCGCUUGAAGAAAAUGUAUGUACUGGCUGCUCUCUUGAUAGAAGAAUAUCACAUGAGCAACAAGGCCCGUUUGGCAAAGGAGCAGAAGGGCGCCUCUGACGCAAAUGUUGCCCUGAAUGAAUUACUGGAAGGGGAUGGCGAUCUUUCCAUGGAGGACAGCAGAAUGAUCGAUCGAGCAUGGACUGCUGCUCAAGCUUACCACUUUAUAAUGUUGGCUCAACGGCAGUUAUUCGAAGGUGAUCAUUACGGAGCUAUGAAGACAAGUUUGUACCUGACCCAGUUCGAAGCCUACAUCGAACCUAUCGAGGUACACUCAUUACUUGCACUUUCAUCCUGUGCAUGUCGACAAUUUUCCGUAUGUAGCCGUGCAUUUAUGAGAUUAGAAUCCCUCGCUGAUCCUCAAUCUGAAGAGAGACGAGCAUAUCAGAAACUUGCCUUGGACCUUUUCAGCAGAUAUCCUCCAACGGACAACCAGGGAAAAACAGCUAAUUGUACUGGUUGCGACAAAGCGUUCCCAGUCUGCAUUGCAAGUGGGCGACCGAUGAUUGCCUAUCAGUUCUGGUUGUGCCCGGUUUGUAAACAAAGAGCUUACGAGGAAGAAAUACAUAGUUUCAAGUUCUGUCCGCUAUGUCAUGCUCAAAUAGCGUAA